AAUAAUUUUAUACUAUCCUUCAUAACACACUUGUGUAAAUUUAAACUUUAAAAUGAUUCAGGUUUAGAUAUUUAAAAAAAAAAAUAAAAAAUGUGUUCAACAGUAAGUUUACUAAAACGGUUCACUACAGAAAUACUACCAAAAGUACUUGAAAUAUUGAACAAAGAAAACUAUAAAGUAAAAUGCGUGGAACCAUCAAUUAACGAUACAUUUUCAUUAUCAAGUGUACAUUUUAUUGACAUAACUUUCACAAACAACGAAAAACUUAAUUUAGUGAUUAAAAUACCUCCAAAUUCAUCAGAUCUUUUGACGCAGUUUGAUCUGAACCAACUUUUCCGCAAUGAAAUAAUUUUUUAUGAUAAUUUUUCAAACAAUGUUGUGGUUCCAAAAUUCUUUUAUGGCUUGGCAGCAGAAGACAUAAGUAAAAAUGUUAUUGUCUUAGAAAAUGUAACAAAAAGAGGUUUCAAAAUGUGUCUCACCGAGUAUAAUAUGCCUUUUCAUUAUGUGAUAAAUGCUGUACGCGAACUUGGAAGAUUUCAUGCAGUGCAUUAUGUAUUCAAGGAACGUAAUCCAGAUAAAUUUAAAAAAAUUAUUUGUGAUAUUAAAGAAAGUUGGUUUAUAGAAGGUAAUUGGUUAGCAGAUAAAAUAAAAAUAGUUGGAAAUAGACCUGUCGAGUGGUUACGUAAAAUAAAUUAUGAUAGUAAUUUUUGCAAUAAAAUGGAUUAUCAUCUUAGUGACGCAUUUAAUAUGAUUAUACUUGAUGCUAUAAAACCUGUUGAACCACUAGCUGUGUUAUGUCACGGGGACUUCACACGUAGCAACAUGCUUUUCCGUGAGCUGUCUUUUGCUGACGAUGGUAAUGAUUCUGGUGUUGAUAAUGGUGAUGAAGAAGAAAAGAAAAGAUUAGAGGUAAUGUUAAGGGACUUUGGUAUGAUAAGAUACGCAUCCCCAUCAAUUGACCUCUCGACGUUGCUUUACUUAAAUUGCACCUCAGAAGACAGAAAGAAUAGAUUCGAUAAGAUAUUUCUGGCUUAUCACGACGCACUACUGGAUUAUCUUACUAAAGCUGAGUUAAUUGACCUGAGCCGAUACUCAUUUGAAAAGAUGCUCGAGGAUUAUAAGCGACGUGCUGCUUACGGUUUUAUUGUUGCAUUAUACUUUUUACCGGUUUUAUACGGUUUUGGUGAUGACCCAGAUAAAAACAAUGAUACUACAGCUUCUACAAUCGCAACUGCUAGUUCCAAGGAUAAUAAAGAUUUAACAACGAUUACAUGGGCGGGUGGUGAUGCUAUGUCAGCUAUGUUUGCUGAUAUGUUAUUAGAGUUAAAAGAUACCGGUUGUUUAAAUCACAUUAUUUUAUGAUUUUAUUCAACGCAU